GCUUGGGAGGGGGCCUGCGGGAGGUAGGGGUCGCUCGGGGUGAGGAGGCGGCGGCGGCGGCUGCUGCUGCUAGGAGGCGGAAGUGGGUCCGGGCCGCCCCGGCUGAGGCUCUGAGUGCGUGGAAAAGGCUCGCGCUCCGGCGUCCUGAGGGAUCCUGCGCCCUCCCUUGGUCCCCUUCGCGACGGCGGCCAUGGCGAAAGGCAGCGUCGGGGAGCGGGCUGAGGAGGUGGCGGCGGGGCCGCAGGACCCCUCUGACCGGGCCCUGAAAGAAAAAGCUAAUGCUGAAGCUGGAUCAGCAAGGAUGUCUCUUCUUAUAUUGGUGUCCAUUUUCUUGUCUGCUGCUUCUGUUAUGUUUUUGGUAUAUAAGAAUUUCCCUCAACUUAGUGAGGAAGAAAGAGCAAACAUGAAGGUUCCCAGAGAUAUGGAUGAUGCCAAGGCACUAGGAAAAGUUUUAUCCAAAUACAAGGACACCUUUUAUGUACAAGUACUUGUAGCUUAUUUUGCUACAUAUAUUUUUUUGCAAACAUUUGCUAUUCCAGGUUCUAUAUUUCUCAGUAUUCUUUCAGGAUUUCUUUAUCCCUUUCCACUGGCCUUAUUCCUUGUUUGUUUGUGCUCUGGUCUCGGUGCUUCCUUCUGUUACAUGCUUUCAUAUUUGGUUGGGAGACCAGUAGUAUACAAGUAUUUAACAGAAAAGGCAGUGAAAUGGUCACAGCAGGUUGAACGACACCGAGACCAUCUCAUUAACUACAUAAUAUUUUUGAGAAUAACUCCUUUUCUGCCUAACUGGUUUAUUAAUAUAACAUCUCCUGUUAUAAAUGUACCAUUAAAAGUGUUUUUUAUUGGUACUUUUCUAGGUGUUGCACCUCCAUCUUUUGUAGCAAUCAAAGCAGGAACAACACUGUACCAGCUUACAACAGCAGGAGAAGCUGUUUCCUGGAACUCAGUAUUUGUCCUGAUGAUUUUAGCAGUUGUCUCUAUUCUGCCAGCUAUCUUCCAGAAAAAACUGAAACAAAAGUUUGAGUAACAAAACACUUUGGUUUUAAUUUCCCUAUAUUUUCAUCUCAGGAUCUGCAAUUCUGCAUUUUUCUGUUUUGAAAUCAUCUCUUCACCAAUGGAAAAAGAGAACAUUUUCCUGUCAAACAACUGGGGUGUAAGGCAUUCUAAAGUGGCAAGGAAGAAGAGGAAGUAAAAUAGGAUUGGAAAAGGACAUUAAAAUAUUUGCUUGCUGUUGGUGGAUAGGAAAACAUUAACUUCUAAAUGAACCCUAGGCAGUAAGUACAGACGAGUAUUAAUGGCAUGUUGCAGAGAAUUCUUCAUUAAAAACCAUCAAGCUAAGCUAGCUAUUGUAAUCCAGGACCUGGGUACACUUAUCUCUGACUUGGUAAUUGGGGCUGUUGAUUUUCCCUUCUCCCUUCUCUCUCUCCUUCUCUUCCCCAAGUAUUAGCUUAAUGAAUAUGCAACAGUACUUGCUGGAAAACAAGUGUUAAUAUUCCAGCUGAGAUCAGCUUUUUUUUUUUUUUUUAAUGGAGCAUCAACCGGGAAAAUUAGACUCACAUGCUAUAGUUCUUAUUUUUUCCCUCUUAGAUUUGUUUGAUGAAUUUGUUUAAAUACAAACCCUUGGAAGAUUGAGAAAUUCGCUUAGGAUAUCAAGUUUUUCUACUUUUGUGGGGUUUGAUUUUUGUUGUUUUAAAUUUUUAUCAUGAAUUUGUCUGAAAUUUAACAUCCUGACCUCAUUUUGUUUUGUUCUCUUUAAACUAGUUUUGCCAGUAUUUCAGUUGUGCCUGUAUGUUAGGAUGAUCAAAAUUAAUGGCAAUAAUUUCUGUCCAAAUAAUAUUUUAGAAUGCUAUGCCUUUUUGAAAAUUCAAAAGGGGGUUCCCAAGCAUCUCUCCAAAUACAGUCUGGAGGGGGUAGAAAAAUUGCACUGCUUUGAAUUUUUUAGGGACAAAAACUUAGUGCCAGUACACAUCUUCACUGGUAAAUAUAAUAAAGUGGUUAGACAAAUAGUUACAGAAUUUUCAUCCUUAAUUUAUUAGUCUGAUAAAGUAUGUUAUAUAAUUAUACUUUUUAGUGCAUGUUAUACUUAUAAAGCUAUGUUUUUUGGUAGCUUUUUGUUUGUGACUGCUUUAGAUCAAGCAGUUUUCAAAUUGAGUGCUUUAUGUUGUCUUAAGCCAACAAAUAAAAAAGAACACUGUCUCUUAAAUGUUAAUAACCCUAAUUAGGUAGCACUGGAAAAACUAUUCACUGCUUGCUGCUUGUUUGCAGUGCCUCUGAUUCUGGGCUUUGCCAUUCUGCAAGAUUUUGUCAGUUUUGUUUUCCCAGAAGUUUGUCAUUACAUAAAGGGUCUUCUAGAAACCAGAGAAACCCUGUAUUAUUAUUUUUAAUUUAGAAAGAUGUGGUCAUCUUUAAAAUCUGUUUUCUAUAAUAUAAUGUGGAUCAAUCUAUUACUUUUUCUGUCACAGUAUUAACAAAUGAAUUUAUUGUAAAUAUGCAGAAAAUAUAUUAACAUGUACAUGUCUCAUUGUUUUUAUGUGAUCUCAUUUAAUUUUGUUCAUAGAAAAAGCUUCCUUUCCUAUUGCUCUUAGAGCAUACAAUAAAGGUUUGAGUAUUUUUACAUAAAACUAUCUCAAACAUACUUUAUGGACAGAGUAGUACUAAUUUAAAAAAUAUGACAAGAGUAAAUUUUUACUUCAAAAUAUGAACUUGAAUUAUAAUUUAUGAGCUUGGACUCAGCAGAGCAAUGAAGCUUCACAUUAUUGAGCUUGUCACCUGAAGCCCUCCUGUUAACUUUUCAGAGUUUUUGUGUCAUCAUUACUGACUGUUUAAUUGCUCCCCUCUACUUUUGACCUUUGAAUAGUAGAUAAAUAUGAUUGCUAUUUUCAGUUUAAUGUUUUUUCUUCCUGAGAAUGUCAUUGACUUCAAACCAAUAGUUUUAGAUUCCUUUUUGAUGGCUGCUAGGAAGGAAUCCUUGAGCAUGUUUUACUGGGGGAAAAUACAGACAGUAACAUACAUGCAAAAGCCCCUUCACAAAUGUGAUAUUCCUGGAAAACUUUUUCUAAUGCCCCAAAUUGAUAAGUUCCAAUUGGCACAAGUUUAAAUCCUUUGGAUGGAGAUAGCUGCCAUGAAACAAACGGGAAGGUGAACAAAGUUGGUAGGAGGAUGAGACAAUAACUUACCAUGUGAGAUUGCAUUCACUUGGCAAAGUAGACUGUCUUUAGAAUUGUUGUAUUAUGUUUUAUGUACAAUAUUUUUAAGAUACUCGGUGUAAGCUAAACUGUGAUGGGAAUAAAACACUUACGAAACAUCA